UAACCCUGAAGAAAAAUUUGUGCCUUUCGGAACCCUGGCUAAAAUUAAUUUGGAUAUUGCAACCACGGCUGACAUAGAACCAAUUCUAAAUUCCCUUAAAGAAAUUCAAUUGCAGAGUUUGAAA